ACGACGAAGUCAGGCUUCAUGAUUACUCGUUGAGGAUCGACUCCGUCGGCCGAGUUUAACCCGAGUUUCUUCCCGCCAGCUACGCGGAAACGCACCAAUCUCGAAAAAUGAUGGACAUCGAGUCGAUGACGAGAUACGUCUCGCCGGUGAACCCAGCUGUCUUUCCGUUGCUGGCUGUGGUGCUGCUAGGAAUUGGAGUAUUCUUCACGGCUUGGUUCUUCGUCUACGAAGUUACCAGCACUAAAUUCACGCGGGAUAUAUGCAAGGAGGCGUUAAUCUCCCUGGUCGCAUCGUUAUUCUCUAGCUUCGGAGUGCUGUUCCUGCUGCUCUGGGUUGGAAUUUACGUGUAGAUAACGUCGGGGGAUUAAAAUUUCUAUCGAAAAAAAAAUUCAUUGUUGAAAAAGCUAUAUAUAUAUAUAAUAUAAAAUGUGUAUCAAAGUUCUUGAUUUGUUCCAGUUAAACUUAUUCAUAUACAAGUAAUACGUAAUGGUACAAGCGCUUGGAAAGGUUUCCACUUUUGUAACAUUUUAUCAUUAUUGUAAUUAACUGAACGCACCACUGCGAGUAUCUUUUUAUAUUGUGCAUAAGUUUUAUUCAAUCUUUAUCACAAUGAAGGCAUAAAGUUUGUAAUACAGGUACGCAACGAGUUUUGUGCACCUCGAGAUAAUAAAGGCUCACUCGUUUUCUGUGAA